GAGCAAGAUGGCGGCGUCCAGUAACGCUGAGCAUUCUCCAGAGAUAACGGCGCCCCUAAAGACACCCAAAACAGAGAUGCCAUCGCCGGAGUCUGAGGAUCUGAGUGACGGUAACCUGUACCAGUCCAACCCCUCCACCCCGAACCGCUUCUCGCCUCUGAACGUGGGCUCUUCGUGCAGCGCGGGGCGGAUGGCGGCCUCAUCCUCCGCCAACAGCUUCACCGCCUGCCGAGGGAUGUCCUGGACCCCGUCCGAGACAAACGCCCUGAUCGCGGUGUGGGGGAACGAGAGGCUGGCCGAGGCGAGGAUGCAGCAGCUCGAGGUGGCGGGCACCGUGUUCUCCGGGAAAGCUCCGGGUCCCGCCAUGUACGAGCGCGUGUCCAGGGCUCUGGCCGAUCUGGGCUACGAGAGGACCCCGUCUCAGUGCCGCGAGCGCAUGAAGACCCUGCGGCGCUGCUACAGCCGAGUGAAGGAGCACGGCAUCGGGAAGAGGAAGAGCAGCUACACUCUGGAGCAGCUGGAGAAGGUGUUUGGACAGGGGGGCUGGGACGCUCAGAGCUGUGCCCCCGUCCUCAUCAACAGCAGCGGUCUGUACCAGGAGAUGGAGUCUGACAGCAGCACACUGGAGGACUUCUCCCAGGAGGACUGGUGCAACCAUGUCCUGGACUCGGCUUUCCAGGAAGGAGACAUGGAGACUGAGGAUAUCCAGGUGCCUAAAAACAGAUUUUUCCAGCUUCAGUCAGUGUUGUCAGAGCAAACACAAAAAAGGGAGACUAUGCAGACUGUGAUGCGUAUCCUAGAGGCCGUGCCUCUAAAAUGGGAGCACUUCCACACGUGGACGGAGUUCUCACGGCUGCACUUGUCCAACAAACUGGCUAUCUUUGGAGUGGGAUAUAAUACGCGCUGGAAGGAGGAUGUGCGUUAUCACUACGCUGAGAUCAGCUCCCAGGUGCCUCUAGGUAAGAGGCUACGGGAGUACUUCAACCCCGAGAAGCCUGAGGGACGUGUCAUUAUGACCAAGGUCCAGAAGAUGAACUGGAAGAAUGUGUAUUAUAAGUUCUUAGACAUUACAAUCAGUGAGGCGCGCUGCCUGGAGCUGCACAUGGAUGUGGACUGGGUCCCCAUUUCUCUGUCCAGAGCGGCGGGCUGUGGUAAGGCCACCUCCCACUACCUCCUGCCCGGGGACAUUCCAAAGACUUACGGCCUCUAUGCCAUCGGAUAUGAACCUAUGCCCUUCUGUAAUGACAGUGCUCAGACCUCCUCACAGAGCGAGGAGCCAGACUUACCUCAAUCAGAAAACGGAGCGCACAAACAGACUGACAGAACAGGAGCCAAUGUGACAUACUGUUACCUGGGCAUCGCUGAAGAGCGCCCCCUACAGCAGAGUCUGUUUCAGCACUUUCAGGGCUCUGGCAGGAACACAGCCCACGUGGAGCCAGCUGCUGUCACGCGCUUUCUACAGGAGAACUGUAGCGCUGCAUCCAGCCUGAACAAUGGAGGGAGUGACAGCCCUGUCCAACAGUACGCCAUUUACAUCAAGUUUGUGGAGGUGGAGCUGGACUUCCUGUCAGCUGGCUCACUGCUGGAGUGCCUGGAGACUGCUGUGGGUUAUCCCUUAGAAUUCAACAAAGAGCCACUGUAACUGACAUGCCCAGUUACGGUUUAAAGCUGUGAGUGCAGUGUCCCAACUUUGUUUGGCACAACUUUAAAAAGGAGGUGCAAAAAUCAUACAUUUGUCUUUCCUUGAUUCUAUUUAACUCCAGAGCCGAAAUACAACUUCACUUUAUGGUAUGAAAAACAAUGUUUCUGCAGAUAUGAAACGUCCUAAAACACAGAAAGAUGCACUUAAGAUUGGGAGCUUUAUGAGGCCUGAUAGCGGAUAACGGAAAACUUGAGCCUUGUCAGGGAGGGAGCGAUUGUCCAGGUGAUGACUGCAGCAGGCAUCUGUCUACCUCAGUAGGAUGUAGCAAACAAGGCCGCAGGGGGACCAUGAUGUGUAUUUAUAAAACACUGCCUUCACUUUAAUGUUGAGGACUAGACCUGAAGCAUUGGAGUUAUGCUUUUGUUAUGUUUUGCUUUAUUUUGCACAUGUAACUGGACCGCCACUAGAGAUGAUCUGAUGAAAAAGACUUAAGAUGUUGGAGUUACUUCUGCCCUUUUAGUUACAAUUUAAGUACUUUGUGGUUGAGGGCUAUUUAUUUUGUUUUACUAAAUGAGUCAUUCGCACAACAAAUUCUGAAAAUUUAUUUGAACAAAUUUUUGAAUCUGCACAGUAUUAGUUUGAACUUUGCUGCUACUCGUGGCUGUAGCCUCUUCAGUGCCAUGCUCUGAGCCCUCUUUGACUUGAAUUAGCUUCGUUCUGUAUGUGUGAUAUCUGGAUCAUCUCUAGGUGCACAUGGAUGUUUUUAGUUUUAUAUUAGUUUUGAGGCUGAAAAAUGCCACAUUUAAACUUGAUUACAGACUUCUAGUCUGGAUGUUACUGUCUGUGUUAACUGCUGAGGUUAAAUCACUAUUGUAUAAAACAAUCUUUGACAAGAUUCCUGAGAUUAUGUGCAAUGUGCCAGGGAUGUGGACGUUGAAUGAAGGAAAACUGAAUGAUUCUGUAUAUGAAAUCUGUUAUAUAUCUGAUAUAUAUUUAAGAAUAUUGUUGUUCUUGAGCAUUCCAGCUUUCUGCAAAGUUGCUGUUUUUUUUUUUCUUUAAUUAUAAAGUAUAUUAUAUUUUCUAUAUUUUGGUUGACACCAAGUCUGUAUGUGGUUGUUUUGAGGUCAUUGUCUUGUAUGUUUAUGUUUAAAAAUGAAUAAACAGGGCACUCACUGUUA